AUGAAAGCAGACGAAGCUGCCGAAGAAGGCUCUUAUUUUUAUUUCAGGAACGUCUUCAAAUUAUGGGGAAUCGUCGGAAUGCAUCCCCUAAAGGGCUACAUUAAACCUCUAAUAGUAUUCAACGCAAUCUUAACAGCCUACGUGACCGUCCUGAUACUCCUGAGGUUGUUUCUCAGCAAAGAAUUAGUCACUGUCGAAUCACUUGGAGUGUUUUUCCAGGUAUGGGUUAAAUUCUUCGUGCUAACAAUAAAAAAAGACGAAAUCUUCAAGGUGAUACAAUACACCCAACUAUUCUGGAAAGAAGAUCCCGCUGGCAGCGAAAAUUCGAAAAUCCUAGCGAGUCUCAGAAAAACCGAAAAGUACUUUCUCAUAUACAUCCUAUUCAGCACCUGCAUGUUCCUGUUCAAGCCGCUGCUCGUCCAAGGCACCACCAUAUACUACUACUACAAAAUCGAGCAGAUCCCUUUCGUGGUAUCGUAUUUGAUCGAAUUCUACGUGACAUUGGCGACGAUGUCGAUGGUCAUAGGCGUUAAUCUUUUCAUUUGUAUCACCAUCAACUUGGGCGCCGGCCAGUUCAGCAAUUUGAACGCUAAAAUGAGGCAAUUAGAUCUGAGCGAGACCCAGCAGAGCGGCCGAGGGCUCGAGAUGUGCACUGUGGAAUUGAGAGAGGACAUCGAGUAUCACGAGUGCUUGAUUUCAUACGUUCGACAAUUGGAUGGGAUAUUCUCCUGGCUAUUCACCCUGUUGAUAUCAAUAAUAACUUCAUUACUGUGCAUGAAUAUGUACGUUCUGUCCCAACCACAUAAUACAGUCGUUGAUUUAAUUCGCUGCGGAACAAUGGUGUGCGCAUUUACUUCAGAAUUUUUAUUAUUGUACGGUGUACCGGCCCAAAAGUUAAUCGAUGAGGCCGAAAACGUUGCAAAUUCGGUAUUUUACCACUGCAAAUGGUACUUACCGAAUAUCAUUCGAUUGCGAAAAGCGAUGAGUUUCAUGAUAUUCAGGAGCCAGAAGAUGGUGUGUCUAUCAGCGUUGGGUUUCAUCGAUAUCAACAGGCAAACUAUAGUUGCAAUGGUGAAAACAGCGUAUUCCUUUUUCACAUUUUUGCAAACAAUGGAAUCGCCGGAAAAUGCACAAAACUAAUAAUGAGCUGCACACGCCAAAUGCACAAACAAAGUUAGGAAAUUACCAUUGGCGCAUUCCAGGACGGAAAUGUUUAUCAGGACAUGCAAAAAUUGUAAUGUAAUAAAACUUUGGCUUUUAGUGUAGAACGCAGAGAAAUACGUAAAAUUAAAAAAACGUGUAACCCUAAUAAACGCUCAA